CAUAAUCACACACUCCCUUCCCUUUGGUGGCAACCCAACCCACCACCACCACCACACCACCACCAUCACCACACCACCUCUCUCACAUCCAGUCCCUCCUCCUCCUCCUCCUCCUCCUCCUCCUCCUUCUGUCUGAGCAUUUCUCUCAGAGGAUCUGCACAAUAAUGGAGUCCCAUCAAGCAGCAGCAGGUCUCGGUGUUUUCAGCACAGCUUUCAGACUGGAGCUCAUUUAGACCCGAGGAUCUGUAAUUCACUGUAAAGUUUUCCCCUUCUUUUUUUUUUUUUUUAAUUGACAGCACAAGGACUUUCUUUCAUAUAUUUUUUUCUGCGUCAUGUUUUUUUAUGUCGUCUGACUUUUUUUUCCAUGUUUUGAUGUUUAUAUGAGGGGGAUUAACAGGCCCACCAGGGUUUCUCCGACAUAAAUCAACAGUUGCUGAGUUAGUGCCGUCUGCUUUCUGUUUACCUUUACCUACCAGGGAAUGAGAGGACCUUUUUUUAAAGCUGUAUGAGAUUUUGUGGAAGAGGUAUGGGCCAGUCUUUUGCUCCACAGGUGGGUCUACUGGAGGUGAGAGCUCGUGAGCUGUGCUGCUGCAGAUGAAGCGAGCUGCUGCAGGUUUUUGUUUGGAGGAUUUGCGACAUGGGCUGAGCUCCUGAGAUCAGUCCUUUUCCCCCUUGAGAGCUGUUGAAUUAUCCGAGGAUGGACGACGGAAAACGGAGACGGAUAAACCUUCACUUCUAGUUAAAUAUCUUCACCUUUAUAAAGCGCGCACGCACCGGCACGAGACACACACCUGAGCUUUUUGAGCGCACCAGAUUUGGAUUCAAGCUUCAGCCAACUCUCCUAUCAUCACUACAUGUGAGGUUUUUACAGUGGAGUCUGGUUGUAGUUGCGUGAAGAAGCAGUUGUUUUUUAUGUGGAUCUGCUUCUUUUUAUAUUUAAUAACUUAAGUAAAGAAUAAAAUGACAAUGCGUCUUUAUGUGUCUGGUGUUAAAAUCUGCAGGCGCAUGUACGAACACUGUUAUAUAAGAAGCAUAGCAGAAUAAAUUUCAAAGUCAGCAGAUGUGGUUUUCCUUUUUCCACAGAAAGUGGUUUUGACCUAAAUAGCCUGUUAUAGAGCUGGAUUUUGGAUAUUUUGGCUUUAUUUUAUUCCAGUAAGUUUUUGAGGUUUUUGGUUUUUACGCACUUUACGCACAGAUUUCUUGGGAUUCAUCUGAGUCUCCCACAGUGCCCCUCUAGUAGUCCCAGCUGAGAUCCUUUCCGUCUCCUCUCUGGACCAUGUGUCUCCCUCGCCUUGUUCUGCUGCUGUUGCUGCUCCGGUUCUCCGGUGUGCUGCUCGUGGAGGGCUUCAACACGUGUCACUCCAUCAACCUGGACGCGCAGAAGUCCCGUCGCAUCGAGGCGGUCCGCGGACAGAUCCUCAGCAAGCUGCGGAUCCGUAGCCCGCCGGCUAAAGACGAGGCCCCGCCGGCCGGAUCCGGCUCCGUGCCUCCGGAGGUCAUGCUGCUCUACAACAGCACGAGGGAGCUGCUCAAGGAGCGCGCGCGUCUCGGCGAGUCCGCUUGCGAGCGCGAGAGCAGCGAAGAGGACUACUAUGCCAAAGAGGUCCAGAGGAUCAACAUGCUGCCACCACGCACCGACACCAAUGCGUUACAGCCAGCAACCCCCGACCCCCAUUACAGAGUCGUCCACUUCGACGUCAGUGGAGUUGACCUGACCAACAGCACCCUGACGAAGGCUGAGUUCAGGAUCUUCAGAGCUCCCAACCCGCUGGCCCGGGCCUCCGAGCAGAGAGUGGAGCUCUAUCAGUUGCUGAGGCCAGAUGAAGAGAGCACCUCCACUCAACGUUAUAUCGACUCCCGCACUGUGCCGCCGAAGGCGAAGGGAGCCUGGAUCUCUGUGGACGUCACUGAAACCAUCAAGGACUGGGUGUCAGAUCCAGAGAAUAAUCUUGGCCUGAAGCUGGGCGUCCACUGUCCCUGCUGCACCUUCGUCCCGUCCACCAACAACAUUGUUCCCAACAAGAGUGAGGAGCUGGAGGCUCUCUUUGCAGGUGUGGAUGAUGAGCAGCUUCGCCAGAUAAGAAAGCCCGGUCCAGUUAAAGGCCAGGCAGAUUUCACCACCAAGACGCCGCACCUCAUUCUCACCGUGCUGCCCAGUGACAGAGUGGACAACCCGGUCAAGAAGAACCGCAAGAAGAGGGCGGCCGCCACAGAAACCACAACCUGCUCCCGCGGCUCAGACACGGGCUGCUGCCUGCGCUCGCUCUACAUCGACUUCAGACGGGACCUCAACUGGAAGUGGAUCCAUGAGCCCAAAGGUUACAAAGCCAACUUCUGUGCCGGCAACUGUCCUUACCUCUGGAGUGCCAACAACCACUAUAACAUGAUCCUCCCUCUGUACAACAAGCUGAACCCUGAGGCCUCCGCCUCGCCCUGCUGCGUCCCUCAGGACCUGGAGCCCCUCACCAUCAUGUACUUCAUAGGCCGCACACCACGAGUUGAGCAACUCUCCAAUAUGGUCGUCAAAUCCUGCAAGUGCCGCUGAGUUCGGAGGAAGAGGUGAGGGAGGAGAAUGAUUACAGGACCAAAACUACAAACUGUUUCGCUGAGGGGGGGAGGAGUGGGGGGUUAAAGACGAGAUGACAGAUGGAUCCUUUGUUCAUUAAUCUUCGCUGUUUGAUCACCUUUAGCAGACUUUUGAGAUAUUUUUACUCACAUUCUUAACAGGCAUGAAAACUUGUUCAUUCUCUGGAACUUUCUGUUUGAUAUAGGACACUGUAAAUAUGACAACAUAGCUGUAUUAAACCUGUACCUGAUAUUAAAGGGCUGUUGUGUGAUUUGGCCACAUUUGG